AUGAUCUCCACUGUUCUGCGGAGGCGUGUCCUGCCUCAGGGCCUGCGCACCAGCCUUUCCACCCACAUCAUCCGCUGCUAUGCCUCGUACCCGCCGCACACCGUCAUCAAGAUGCCCGCCCUGUCGCCCACCAUGACCGCCGGCGGUAUCGGCGCCUGGCAGAAGAAGGCCGGCGAUUCCAUCGCGCCCGGCGAUGUCCUGGUCGAGAUCGAGACGGACAAGGCCCAGAUGGACUUUGAGUUCCAGGAGGAGGGUGUUAUUGCCAAGACACUCAAGGAAAGCGGCGAGAAGGAUGUUCCCGUCGGCAGCCCCAUCGCCGUCCUUGUCGAGGAGGGCACCGAUGUCAGCGCCUUUGAAGGUUUCUCCGCCGCCGACGCUGGUGGUGAUGCCCCGGCGCCCGCCCCCAAGAAGGAGGAGAAGUCCGAGUCUUCCUCCUCUGCCUCCGAAUCCGCCCCCACGCCCGCGCCCGAACCCGAGGACAACGGUCCCGCCGGCAAGCUCGAGCCCGCCAUCAACCGUGAGCCCAACGCCUCCAUUGGCGCCGUCCGCCUCGCCCGCGAGAAGGGCGUCAAGGUCGCCGACGUCAAGGGCACCGGCAAGGGUGGCCAGAUCACCGAGGAGGACGUCAAGAAGGCCGCCUCCUCGCCUGCCGCCGCUUCCGGUCCCGCCUCGGCCGCCUACGAGGACAUCCCCAUCAGCGGCAUGCGCAAGACCAUUGCCAACCGCCUGCAGGAGUCUGUCCAGACGAACCCCCACUUCUUCGUCACGAGCUCCAUCUCCGUGUCCAAGCUCCUGAAGCUGCGCCAGGCCCUCAACGCCUCGAGCGAGGGCAAGUACAAGCUGUCCGUCAACGACUUCCUCAUCAAGGCCAUUGCCGUCGCCUCCAAGAAGGUGCCCCAGGCCAACUCGAGCUGGCGCGGCGACGUCAUCCGCCAGUCCUCGACCGUCGACGUCUCCGUCGCCGUCUCCACGCCCACCGGCCUCAUCACCCCCAUUGUCACGGGCGUCGAGGCCCGCGGCCUCGAGUCCAUCUCCUCCCAGGUCAAGCAGCUCGCCAAGCUCGCCCGCGACGGCAAGCUCAAGCCUGAGCAGUACCAGGGUGGCACCAUCUCCAUCUCCAACAUGGGCAUGAACCCCGCCGUCGACAACUUCACCGCCAUCAUCAACCCGCCCCAGUCCACCAUCCUCGCCAUCGGCACCACCCAGAAGGUCGCCGUCCCCGUCGAGAACGAGGACGGCACCACCGGCUUCGAGUGGGAUGAGCAGCUCAAGGUCACCGGCAGCUUCGACCACAAGGUCGUCGACGGUGCCAUUGGCGCCGAGUGGCUCAAGGAGUUCAAGAAGGUUCUCGAGAACCCCCUGCAGCUGCUGCUGUAA